UCAUGCUACCAGGAAGGCCAUUGUGUUGUCUCGGUUGUGAGCUAACACACCGACCGAGUUGCGCUUUUAUCCGGCCACAUUUCUGGGCAGCAGCGGAGUGAAACAUGUCCACCAACAUGCCGGCGGGCGGCCUGAACCUGGAGGCGCAGCUUCUGUCCAUCAUGGACGUGCUGGUGAAGGCGGCGGUGGCGGAGAUCAGUCAGCUGUUCUCGGAGAGCUCGGCGUCCCUGCGGCUGCAUCUCACCCAGAGCCUGAAGGAAAACGAAGCGCUGAGGAUGAAGACGAAGGUGAUGAGGAGCGAACUCUUCUCCCUGCGGCUCCAGACCAGGACCAACCGACCGGCCAGCCGCUUCUCUCCCAUCAGGGGAAACGUGGCCAAACCCCGUGUUAAACCGCAAGUUGUCAUUAGGUCACCGAUAGCUCAAAAGACUAGACUUUUUAGAGAAGCUGCUUCUAUUACUCUGCAAUCAGAGACCAAGACUUCCUCAUCUGCCACUCAAGUGGAGUGUGCAGAUGUGGAGAGUCCAGAUGUCAUUCUGAUCAAGGAUGAAGAUGACAUCGGAGGAUCCGGGCCAGCCGCUGGUCAGGAUGACUUUGGAAACCACAGUAUGCAGGGUGGUGUUGCCACAGGGACUCAGAAUUUAGAGCCAGCUGGUUCCUCAUGCUUGACAGGUGAUAAUGAGGAGCUGAGAAUCGUGAGCGUUCACGGCCGAGGAGAAGGGCCUCUGCAGGAGGAAGGAGACGCCCUCUUCACAGCCUCUGAGCUUCAGGCUUUCAGCUCCCUGUCAGACCACAACAUCACCCAUGACAGCCUCCUGGAUUUCACCACUGGUGCGAGUGACAGAGCGCCAAUGAGAGUGAUGCACGAUAACAGUGUUGGACUGGCGAGAAACACCCAACUUGAAAGAAACCCCUCCGCUCAAAUGGCGUUGAAUCCUGCAUUAAAAUCACCUGUAAUAGGAGCCGACGGUCAAGUGGGACACUCCAGUCACAUCGGCCAGUUCUCCCAGCAGCAGCAGAACGUCUUCCCUCACGCCGCCAACAAAUCAAUGGACUGCAGCUUCUGCGGCGAGCGCUUCCUCAACCGCGAAGACCUGAUCGCGCAUCGGGCGAGUCACACCGGGGAGUCGCCGAUUCCCUGCUCCCUGUGUGGGAAGUCGUUCGUCAGCAAGACCACGCUGAGCAUCCACAUGCGCAUCCACACGGGGGAGAAGCCGUACGCCUGUCCGCAGUGUGGGAAACGCUUCACGCAGAACGGCAGCCUGAAGAUCCACCUGAGGACGCACUCCGGAGAGAAGCCGUACACCUGCAACCAGUGCACCGCCAGCUUCAACAACCCCAGCAACCUGCGCAGACACAUGAUCACACACAACACCAACGGGGCGCUCUGACCAUGAGCUUGGUGGCUGACGAUGUUUCCCCGUAUGUUGCAUCUCGGUACCGUUUCUGAAAACUCAAGAAACAGCAUUCAUUGCAAACAUUUUUAUAAAUACAAUACACGGGCAUGACUGUUGUUGGUUAAUCCCAUGAAAUCAACACCUGACGACGUAUUUCACUGAUGUCAAUCUAAGAUUUGCCCUCAUCGGCUUAAUAAUACAAGCGAGAGUUACGGCAAAAUCUCUGCUUAUUCAGUUUCUCUUGUUUUGCAGUGUUAAUCUUCAUAUUGCCACACCCAAAAUAUACAAAUGUGAGUGAGUGAUAAGGAUCGGUGAUACCAAGCUUUUAAAAUUUGAUAUGAAACCGACAGUUUUGGUUACAAUUUUAACUACAUUUAUACUUGUCAUUUAUAGUGGAUCUGUGAUUUUCCUAACCGAUGGUCAUUUUUAGAAAAAUAAAAUCAUUGUACUUUACCACUCUUACUGGAUGUAAAUAGCAUUUUUUUUAUACUAAAGCAAAUGUGAUUGCAAAAAAAUACAAUACAUCCAGAAUUUUAUCGAAACAGUAUGAUUAAAUAACAAUAAAAUAAAUAUAUGCACGGCUGUGUGCUCGGGAUGACGUGACACUGUGAUUUUAUAUGUCAGGGCCGUUUUGGCACAAACAAAAAAGUUGUGAAAUUGUUUGGAUGUGAUGCAGCUACCCACAUUUUGUAUUUCUAUUGUUUUGUUGGUGAUAUUUUUUUAAGGAAUCAACAACAGAUGGGUAAUUUCUGAGUACUGAUGUGCCAUCCCUAGUGACUGCUGGUGUGAAGGUGUUUUAAACAUUUGCAAGUUACUCUUUUCUCACAUUGCAAAGCAGUUUUAGACGUGGUUUCUUCAGUUUUACCAUUUAAACUUGUCUGAAAUUGAAAAAGUGCAACUCAUUUUCUGUCCCUGCAGAAGGAGAGGGUAAUUGAGAAUGCCAUUUUCUUAAUUCUCACAUCUUUCUGUGUACACGUGUUUCAUUUACAAACAAACUACCUCUACUGUUGUGUCUGUUGCAGCUCUCUUUUUCCUGUUUUUGUACUUUCCAGAUAGUAACAAACUGGGCAAGUCAGUGUGGGUUCUGUCUGUGGAUUUGCAUUACUGAAUAAAUGCAUAUUUUUCUUCCACACA